GUGUAGUCAGUGACUGAAGAAUAAAUCGUUAAUGAUGGCGCCGUUAGUCAACUCCGCUUCGUAUUAAAAUUAUUUUCUUCUGAUCUCUUAUUCUUCUCUUCUCCGGCGACCUUCAACCUCCUUCGAAUCUAAAUGAGUUUGUGAGCCGUGGAGGAGGAAGGCGUCCACUUCAAUUUGUCCGAGCCAGGCACACAGAUAACUGAUCGGGAGAAUAAUAGAAAACAAUGGGGAAAGCAUCAGCUCUGCUUCUGUUUCUCUUGAGUUUCGGCUUCUUCGUAGUGACAUAUAAUCUCUUGACACUCAUACUCCACAACAGAUCUAACUCAGAUGGAAGUAGUCCACUCCGAGAUCCUAUCGUCCAAAUGCCUCACGCAAACUCCCAAACCUCUCCAGCACCAACAUUUCAUGUCGCCUUAACAGCUACAGACGCUCCUUACAACAAGUGGCAGUGUCGUAUUAUGUACUAUUGGUAUAAACAGAAGAAAGCUCUCCCUGGUUCAGACAUGGGUGGGUUUACCCGCAUUUUGCAUUCCGGUAAUACCGAUAACUUGAUGGAUGAGAUACCUACGUUUGUGGUUGAUCCUCUCCCUCCAGGUCUUGACCAGGGUUAUGUUGUGUUGAAUAGACCGUGGGCGUUUGUGCAAUGGCUUGAAAGAGCUACAAUCAUCGAAGACUAUGUGCUGAUGGCAGAGCCUGAUCAUGUUUUUGUUAACCCUCUUCCUAAUUUGGCUGUUGGAGGACGCCCAGCUGCUUUUCCGUUUUUCUAUAUUACACCUGAAAAGUUCGAGAACAUUGUCAGAAAGUAUUAUCCUGUGGAGAUGGGCCCGGUUUCAAACAUUGAUCCCAUUGGCAAUUCUCCUGUUAUUAUAAGCAAGGAAUCACUUGAAAAGAUUGCUGCUACGUGGAUGAAUGUCUCGUUGACAAUGAAAAACGAUCCAGAUACUGAUAAGGCAUUUGGAUGGGUCCUGGAAAUGUACGGUUACGCAGUUGCCUCUGCUCUGCAUGGGGUGCGGCACAUACUUCAUAAGGAUUUCAUGAUCCAGCCUCCAUGGGAUCUGUCUACCAAGGGGAAGUAUAUCAUCCAUUACACUUAUGGUUGCGACUACAACAUGAAGGGUGAGUUGACUUAUGGCAAAAUAGGAGAGUGGCGAUUCGAUAAGAGAUCACAUCUGCGAGGUCCUCCUCCGAGGAAUAUUUCCAUGCCGCCUCGUGGUGUUCCAGAAAGUGUGGUGACUCUUGUGAAGAUGGUUAAUGAAGCUACUUCAAAUAUCCCAAAUUGGGACACUCUCUAACUCACAUCCGCAAGCACACACGGCUUAUUUUGUCAUAUGAAAAGUUAAUUUUUUUUUCUCUUCUACUUUCUUUCGGUUAAUUGAUGAACUCAGAGUAAAUGAUGCAAUCUUGUUUUGAUUUUGAGACAAUGUUCAAGACAUCGUCAGGUGUUAGUUAGAUGGUGAAGUCAUAACCA